AUGUCGCUAAUACAAGUGGAGGACUUGGUCUCGUACCAAUUACGAACAAGCUAUCUCAAUGAAGUGGCUGAUGGCGUCGGAGAACGUCUUAUCACUAUCAACGAUAGUUUCCUCAAUACCGCUCCUUUCAAAGCCGCUGGCUGGCGAACGAAUCCAUCCCACAUUAAGCGAACCCAUUCUCCCCCAAUACCGACCGCUAUAGCCUCCGAAUACUUCCAAGCCGCUCCGAGGUCUACUGGCCUGACACUCGAAGAUGAAGCUGAAGAAGGUGGCAUGUUGACUGGUGGUGGAGGUGACACAUUGGGACCCGGAAGUGCCCUCAAGCGUCGCAGGGAAAGACGUCGGGAGCAGAUGGAAGAAGAUGAUAGUAGUGACUUAAGUGACGAAAGCGACGAUGAAGCCGACCAGAGGGCCGCCCAGCAAAUAAGAUUUGCGAAGAUGCCCGUCAGGAACCGUGCAGGAUCCUCGCCCAUUCAGUCAUCUAAUUUACGUCAAGCUACCACCAUGACCUCCCCACGUGCUGCCCCAGCUCCUCGAAGGGGUUCGCAACCUACACUAGAAACUGUGAAAGAGCGACCACGGCGAGAUACUGUCACUAGUAGUGAGGUCUCAUCAGACAACGAGUUCGAUGCAUCUGGUUUUCAUAAACAGCGAGAGGCAGCAAGGGCAAGGGAAAAUCGGUCACAAUCAAAAAGCUCCACAGAACCGAGUGUGGGCAUUGGACGCCACGCAAGUGAGCUACUUGCUGAAGAGGAGGAGAAUUCGGAUGUAUCGGAUACUUCCUCUGCCUUUGUCGCAAGUGUCGAUUCGACUUCUAUCCUAGAUACUGUCGAAAACCCUGCGGUCGGUGCCUCUCCUGGCCAGCAGGUUGUCGGCAAUGUGCCAAGAGAAUUACUCCGGCAGUCUACAGUCAGGAAACCACCCCCUCCACCACAGCCGCAGACGCUUCAGGCUCUUCCCCCUCCGCGCCCCAUGAGUACCAUUAGGCCCCUUAGUAUGGUUCAACCUCGCAGUCUACUCUCAGACGCCUUCAAGGCGAAGAAAGCUAAACCGGCUAUGCCGUUUGACAUGUUUGCUUCCUUAUCAGGUCAAGGAGACCCUGAUCCCCUUAGGAUAAGAAUCUAUGCUCCAUUCUCCGAAGACCCGGAAAAGCCCUUCGAGGUUCCCAUACGACGAAAUAUUCAGGAGGCCGAUGGAACUUUCAGACCAGUCACUGUUGCAGAACUGAUUGGGUUGAGUUUGUGGAGGUAUCAUGCCGAGAAACUUCAACCUCCAGUACCUACCGAUAAAUUGAAUGUGAAUUGGUGGACAUUGCGAAUGGUUGAGGAGGGUGGAGAAGUCGACGAUGAUUUCGAGCCAUUGGAUCGCAAGAAACCAGUGAACUCAUUUACUACGGCAAAUAAUAGGGCUGCGAGGUCACGGUCGGCCUCUAAAGCCUACGAUGAAUUUGCCUUAGUGCAAGCGUCGGAAGCGGGCUUCGCAGACAACCAAGUUCAAACACCUCAAUACGAACAACAAGAUGUAGCAGAGGAUGCGGGUGAUGAGGAGACAACUCCAAGGAGCACGCCUCAGCCCCAAGCUUCGCCAUUAACUGCGUCCCAUGCACGGACGAAUCCCAUUAUCACUACAACUUAUCGGGCAGAUACACCCUUGGCUGAUAAGCCACCUCCUCAGACUGCUGCUCCAACGACGACCAGAGGGCAACAUAAAUAUUUGAGGAUUCGUAUUAUGUCGCCUGAUAUUGCUCCCGGGCAAAUAAUCACUCUUGAUGUCACAACGGAUAUGUACCUCGCCGAGGUUCGCGAUCUAGUCUGCCGUAAGAGGCAGCUUGAUAAGAACACGCAUGUCCUUAAACUGCCUGAUUCUGGUGCUGUAGUCUAUGUAGACCGCACUGUUUCGUCAAUUGGCAAUGUUGAGGAUCUAGAACUCCACCGUCGCCGAUUCGCAACAGAUGGACCUCUAACGAUUACAGGUUCUCCCAGCAGCCCCUCUCCCAAGACUCACGUAUGGAAUGAAAUACCACAAAAGGGAAAGAAGAAAUUCAUGACAACACACCCUCUCGCUCAGGAAACUGUGAUGCAAGAUGAGGCUGGUAGUGGCGAUGUGAAAUACAAGAAGUAUACCGUUUGGCGUAAACAACCGAUGAGGUUCGUCGGAAUGAACGAGCGAAUACUUGUCAUUGAUGGCGAAUAUGUGUACAUUCAACCAUCCUCCGGGGGUAAGGCGACGCGUGAAGGAGGUAAGACUACGUCAGUCCACUUCAGCAACGUAAUCGGGUGUAGCGUUUCUCGACGCCAUCCGACCAAUUUCAAGCUACUCGUGUAUAAGGCAACCGAAAGCAAGAGAUAUGAUUUCGAAGCCAGGAAUACCCAAGAGGCAGCAGAGAUCGUUCACGAACUUAAAAAGGGAAUAUCUCCUUAUAACAGGGACAUCUAG